AAGCGGAGCCUCCGCUGCUCCCCCCCCCCCAAGAGACCCCCUCCCCAGCCAGGAUGGCUUGAGCGCCUCGGCCGAGCCUUCAGAGCCCCCGAUUCCCCCAAACCAACCCAAGGAGGGGCUUUGAGCCAGAACUUGGGGGUGUUGGCUUCCCUCCUUCCAAGACUCGGAGGGGUUUCCCUGCCCUGCCCCCUCCUCUUUGGGGGCCAAGCCCGAGAGGAACCCGAGCCGGAGCUUCCCCGCAGGACCCCAGAGGAGGCAACGCUUGACUCGGAGACAUGAACCUCUCCGGAAGAUGGAGACGGAGACAGAAUCGGGGCGAAGGCUGCGACCCGUCGGCCGGAGGCUCUACGACGAGAACGAGGACCUGUCCGACGUGGAGGAGAUCGUCAGCGUCCGGGGCUUCAGCCUCGAGGAGAAGCUGAGGAGCCCCCGCUUCGGCGCCCGCUUCGUCCGCCCCAUGCAGGGCCCAGAUUUCACUUUUGAGUAUGUGCAGCGAGAAGCCCUCAGAGUCCCCCUCGUCUUCAGAAGUAAGGAUGGACUGGGAAUUAAGAUGCCGGACCCAGACUUCACUGUGCGAGAUGUCAAGCUACUUGUGG